UACACUGCUAGCCUCCCAGAGAGGAACAUGGAAAGUGAUUGCAACGGAGUGUUGUUCAUUUGUCUCAGACAACACUGGAAGAGCAGUGCACAAUUUAGCUAAAUUUUAACAUGAACAGGAGGCUAAACUUAAUAAGGAUCUUUUCUCCUUUGAGUGGGACACAAAAGGGCUUUUGCAUUGAAUAGUUCUAAGAACUAGCCACUAGGAUAGUUCCCGGACCAAGUUCCUAGUUGCAUUCACACUGGAAAUAGGAACUCUGAAGAGGCCGAUAGAGGCGUCUUUAAGUGCAGCAUUUACAGUAAAAACCGGUGGAUGGAGGAUGCCGUGAUCGGAGCUGUGUGUUGUGGGUUUUGUGAUAAUGGAGAUGGAAUGUAAACACAGAAUUUACGUGACUGAAGAAGCAAAAAGUGGGGCAAAAAGACAAUCUCCUAUGACAACUUUCAAUAUUCCAUUUCAUUGAGGCGGAGAAAACACAACCCUGCAGACAACAGCUGUGAAGUAGUGAAGGGCAAUGGCAUCUGUUGAAGAGCUGCUUGAGAAAUCACUGAAUGAACUGGUUGAAGCUGAACUGAAGAAGUUUCAGUGGCACUUAAAGAAACAUGAGCAUAUAUCAAAUUCUGAUAUGGAGAAUGCAGAUAGGUUAAAAACUGUGGAUAAGAUGGUGGCAUGUUUUGGACCAGAAGAAGCUGUGAAGAUCACAGUGGAGAUCCUGAGGAAGAUGAACCAGAAUAAUCUAGCUGAGCAGGUGGAAAACAUUCACAAGCUAGGCUCAGCUGCAGACAACAGUCAAGCUACUCUCCAUGAUUACACAGAGACCAGCCGCAGACUGAAGAACAAAUUAAAACAGGACUAUGAGCAGAUAUUGGUUGGUAAUUCACAGACGGGUCAUCGGGAAUACCUGAAUGAUCUCUACAUUGAUUUAUAUGUGGUGGAGAAUGAGACUGGAGGAAGAGUGAACGACCAUGAGGUGAUGCAGAUCGAAUCAAAUCACAACCAAAUGACUGCCAAGGAGAAGCCAAUCAAGUGUAAUGACAUGUUUAAAGUCCAGUGUGACACAGGUCGACGAAACAGAAAAGUGCUGACAAUGGGGAAAGCAGGAGUGGGAAAAACUGUCUCUGUCAAUAAAUUCAUCUUUGACUGGGCUGAAGGAACAGAAAAUCAGGAUAUAGUUUUUAUAUUUCCACUUCCAUUUCGUAGAUUGAAUUUUAUUAAAGAAGAGUACAGUCUCAUGGGACUGCUUAACAAAUACUUCUUUAGGUGUCCUGAAGAAUUGCCCUCUCUUCCUGAAGGUGAUGGUAAAGUUAUGUUCAUAUUUGAUGGGCUGGAUGAAUGUCGCUUUCCUUUGAGCUUUAAAGAAGAUGACAUAUUUACAAGUGUAAAUGAAAAAACAACAGUGAGUAAGAUAAUAAUAAACCUUAUCAAGAGACAUCUGGUUCCCUCUGCUCUCAUCUGGAUCACAUCCAGACCAACAGCAGCCAGUCUGAUACCCCGUGACUACAUUGACCAGGUGACUGAAGUGCGAGGAUUUAAUGAUGAACAGAAAGAGCAAUACUUCAAAAAUAACAGCAGUCCUGAGGUUUCUGAAAAAAUCAUCAGUCACAUCAAGAAAUCCAGGAGUCUGUACAUCAUUUGCCAAAUCCCUGUCUUCUGUUGGAUCUCUCUCACUGUUCUUCAGCCUCUACUGGCUCGAGAAAGCAAUGACAAAACACCAACAACUCUCACAGGGAUGUAUACAAGCUUUUUAAUGUCUCAGCAGCAACAGAUGGAAAAAAAAUACUGUGAUGACCCUGAACCUAAAGCUAAUGCAAGGUCUUUUGAUCAGAUUAUUCUGAAGCUUGGGAAACUGGCCUUUCAACAGCUGGAGAAAGGAAACCUGAUUUUCUACAAAGAAGAUCUUGAGGAAUGUGGACUAGAUGUCAGCGAAGGAUCGGUGUACUCUGGGUUAUGCACUCGAAUGUUUCAGGAGGAGAAGGUUUCAAAAAGAAACAUUUACAGCUUUGUACAUCUCAGCGUACAGGAAUUCCUUGCUGCUCUUUAUGUGUCUUUGAUUUACAAAGAAAAGAAAAAGAACCAAUUUCUUGAAUCCUGGAGAGAAAAACUGAAAUGGAAUCUCUCCAAAAAGCAACUGUUAAAACUUCAUAAGGCUGCAAUCAACAAGGCUUUACAAAGUGAGAACGGACACCUGGAUCUUUUCCUCCGGUUUCUUCUGGGUCUCUCACUGGAGUCCAAUCAGAGUGACCUGAAGGAACUACUGCCAAAACUGAAUCUGAAAGCAGAUAAUGUGAAAGACACUGUUGAGUAUAUCAAAAAGACAAUAGAGAAGGAGAAAUCAGUAGAGAGGACCAUCAAUCUCUUCUACUGUCUGAGUGAACUGAAAGAUGACUUUGUGGAGGAAAUCCAGAAGAAUCUGAGCUCAGGAAAUCUUUCAGCACAGAAUCUCUCCUCUGCACAGUGGUCUGGUCUGGUGUUUGUGCUCCUCAUGUCAGAAGAGACUCAAGAAAAGUUUGAACUUCAGAAGUACAGAAGAUCUGAGGAAGCACUAAUGAGACUGCUGCCAGUGAAACCAGUCAAAAACACCAGAAGAGCACUGCUACAGUGCUGCAAUCUCACUGUCCAGUCCUGUGAAUGUUUGUCUUCAGUUUUACAAUCCACAAAAUCUGUCCUGAGAGAGCUGGACUUGAGUAACAAUGACCUGCAAGAUUCUGGAGUGAAGCUUCUUUCUGAUGGACUGAAGAGUCCGAACUGUCAGCUGGAAAUACUGAAAUUUCCAACAUGUAAUCUCACUGCUCAGUGUUGUGAAAGUUUGUCUUCAGUUUUACAAUCCUCAAACUCUGUUUUGAGAGAGCUGGACUUGAGUAACAAUGACCUGCAGGAUUCUGGAGUGAAGCUUCUUUCUGAUGGACUGAAAAGUCUGAACUCUCAGCUGGAGAUACUGAGAUUUCCAACAUGUAAUCUCACUACUCAGUGUUGUGAAAGUUUGUCUUCAGCUCUACAAUCCUCAAACUCUGUCCUGAAAGAGCUGGACCUGAGUAACAAUGAUCUGUGGGAUUCUGGAGUAAAGCUUCUUUCUGAUGGACUGAAGAGUCCAAACUGUCAGCUGGAGAUAAUGAGAUUGUCUGGCUGUAUGGUGACAGAGGAAGGCUGUGGUUAUGUGUCUUCAGCUCUGAGUUCAAACCCCUCACACCUGAGGGAGCUGGAUCUGAGCUACAAUCACCCAGGAGAUUCAGGUGUCAAGCUGCUCACUGAUAAACUAAAACAUCCGAACUACAGACUGGAUAAACUCAAAGUGGAUCAUGGAGGAGAGAUCAGGAUUACAGCAGGAGUACGCAAAUAUUCCCACCAGCUCACUCUGGAUCUGAACACAAUGAAUAAAUGGCUCCAGCUGUCUGAGGAGAACAGAGUGAUUACAUUCACUGACAUACUACAGUCGUAUCCUGAUCAUCCAGACAGAUUUGAUUGUUAUGCUCAGGUGUUGUGUAGAGAGAGUGUGUGUGGACGCUGUUACUGGGAGAUUGAGAGGAGUGGUGAGCGUGUGUCUUUAUCAGUGUCAUAUAAGAGCAUCAGCAGGAAGGGAGCAGGUGAUGAGUGUGUGUUUGGAUAUGAUGAUCAGUCCUGGAGUUUGAUCUGCUCUUCCUCCAAAUACUCAUUCAGACACAAUAACAGAAGGACUGAACUCUCUGUAGAGUCCAGCAGGAGAACAGGAGUGCAUGAGGAGGAUCACAGGAGAACAGGAGUGUAUGUGGAUCACAGUGCAGGAACUCUGUCCUUCUACAGCGUCUCUGGAGACACAAUGAGCCUCAUCCACACAGUCCAGACAACAUUCACUCAACCGCUCUAUCCUGGGUUUUGGGUUGGUUAUAAAUCAUCAGUGAAACUGUGAUGAUGAAUCAGAAUAGACUGUAGAGACAUUCUACCCAUAAUCCCUUGAGCUGCAUGAUAAAUCCAUGACAGUCACAUGCUGGCAUAACUAGGUAAUAGGUGUGUUCGACAUCGACUGCGGCUGGAUGUAACCAAUCGGCGGGAGUAGCUGCGUGUAGGCGGGGAGGAGCUGAAAACGGAGAUGUGAAGUCGGACACUUUCUGCUUUCCGUAGUGACGCUCGUGCUGCCUUUGCAUACUUUUUAUCACAGUGAAAUAAAUGCAAUAUUUGACUAAUACACUGAUGUUUCAGAGACAUUUUCAUUCAAUACUUUAUGUACUGCUUACAGCAUCUGUUUGUACAAGA